CAUAAUUAUUUGCAAAUGACCCUAUAAUAAGGUUUACUUUCCAACCGAUCUCCCGAUUUAACAGUGAAAAGAUUUGAUUGUUAUUGGCUGGAUCAUCGAGUGAUAUCAAACUAGCUAUCAUCAGUUCAGAUCUACUGAGGUGAGCGAACGGGAGUCCAUGGCUCAAUGAAGUCACUUUGCUUGGUUUGCUUCUGAGACAGUUGUGUUCAGAUAAAUGCCUUCUGUAAGGCAGCCUACAUCUAUUUUAAGUGCGUGGAGCUAAGCUAUGAACAAAAAAGUGAGACUGUGGGUGUCAAUAUUUGUAUUUUUAAGUAAAAUUUGGUUACGAUACAACGAAUUCGGAGAUGUGUUUUAAAGUGCCUCUAAAGUUUGCAUCAAUUCUGUUGUGAUCGGCAAGUAGGUUUGGUGCAAUUCUUUGUCCAUGAGAAUAAACCUAUCGAAUUAUGAACAUCGUUAACCUUUGGUAACCUAAGUGUGUGCGCGCUCAGUGAAUACGUUACAUUUUAGAAGAGAAACGUUCCGUCAGAUGCUUCGUAGCCAGACAGUGCGAAAACAAAAGGUGUCGAGAAGUUGUUGGAAAAACUAACAAGUUGAAUCGGUGGGUUUGAAACAGUAACGUACAUUUGUUGUAAUAUGGGUAAUCAAAUAAGUGAUUGUUGUGGUAAAUCCACGUCUUGUGCGGAUCUUCAAAAAUGCUGUGGAAGCUUAUGUGCCUCAAAAGAUAAGUCCGGCGAGGAACGUGGACGCCUGAUGGGACCCCUGAAUCCUCUGGCAAAGCCGGUCUUGGAGCUGAAGAGAUGGGAUGAAGUCGAUUCGCCAUCGGCAGACGUCCUGGCCGUGAAAUGGGUUGACCUGUGUCUUGAGGAAAACGGAAAGCUGCAUCACACUAAGAGGUUCGAGUUGAUGAAUCGAGAUGGCAACAGUGGGCCAUUGCCAAGGUUGGUUGUCCGGAGGGGUCAGGAAUUCCGGCUGCGAAUACACUGCGAUCGACCUUAUGAUCGAAGCCGCGAUGCCAUGAGUUUGAUCUUUUCGGCGGACGAGGAAGAACGUCCGUCUCAUGGCCAUGGGACGCUUGUGGGUGUUGCCUUGCAGCAGUACCGGUACGCGAUUGAAGAUCCAAAUGAAUGGGGGGCCGCUAUCGAUUUUGUAAGCGGUGAUUUGCUGGAGAUUCUGGUUAAACCUGCUGUGACGGCCCCAGUUACCCGGUGGAAGUUGGAUUUCGAUACAAAAUUGUUGAGCGAAGGGUUUGGAAAAAGCUACUCACUGCCACAGCCGUUCUAUUUGCUUUUUAAUCCUUGGUGCGAACAUGAUCAGGUGUAUAUUGAAGAUAAAGCUAGCCGGGAUGAGUACGUGAAAGCUGAUACAACCCUGAUCUGGCGGGGCUCCUACAAUCGGCUCAGACCAACAGUUUGGAAAUUCGGACAGUUCGAAAAGCACGUCCUGGAUUGUUCCCUGCUGCUGGUUUCCAAAAUCGGUAGAGUCAGUGCAGCCCAUCGCGGUGAUCCGGUGCGGGUGUGCCGAGCCAUAUCGGCAGCCGUAAAUUCACCGGACGACGAUGGGGCCCUUCUGGGAAAUUGGAGCAACGAUUACUCGGGAGGAACUGCCCCCACAAAGUGGGUGGGAUCCGUUGAGAUUAUGCAGCAGUUCUACAAGAAGCAGAAGCCGGUCAAGUUCGGCCAGUGCUGGGUGUUUGCUGGCGUUGUUUCAACAAUUGCCAGAGCCCUCGGAAUCCCGUCCAGGAUAGUGACCACCUAUUCAUCGGCACACGACACUCAAGCGUCCCUGACGGUAGAUUAUUUCGUGGACAAAAACGGAAAAGUAAUGGAGGAAAUGAACUCCGAUUCCAUUUGGAACUAUCACGUCUGGAACGAAGUGUGGAUGCAGCGACCGGACCUGGGUGUUGGGUCCGAUGGCGAUUAUGGCGGUUGGCAAGCAAUCGAUGCCACACCUCAGGAAAUGUCUGAUGGCAUGUUCCGAUGUGGGCCAGCUUCCGUGCUGGCCGUAAAACUUGGCGAAAUCGCUAGACCGUACGACAAUAACUUCUUGUUUGCGGAAGUGAACGCUGACAAGGUUUUCUGGAGAUAUACAGGGCCAGCACAUCCGUUGAAACUCAUUCGGAAGGAUAUUUACGGUAUUGGACACUUCAUUAGCACGAAAGCGAUCGGAAAAUGGGAACGAGAAGAUAUUACCAGUAGCUACAAGUUUGCCGAGAAGAGCAAAGAAGAGCGGGACACAAUGCUCAAGGCUUUGAAGCAAGCCAACAGCGCCUUCAGUCGAUAUUAUUUGAACGAAGACUUCAACGAAGUCUACUUUAACUUCGAACUCAGGGAUGACAUCAAAAUUGGAGAGUCAUUUUCAGUGAUUCUUCAAAUUAAAAAUCGUUCAUCAGAAAACACCCACGUUAUUGCUGGUUCACUGAAUGUGGAAACAGUCAUGUAUACUGGGAGAAACCGUGACUCGGUAAAAGUGCUACCAUUCACCAUAAGCUUAGAACCAUCAUCGGAGGAAUUCGUUCGAAUGGACGUCUCCUUCGAAGAGUAUUACAAGAAGCUAAGGGACCAAGCUGCCUUCAACAUCUCCUGUCUGGCCACCGUGGAAGAUACGGAGUACGAAUUUUUCGCACAGGACGACUUCCGGGUCCGAAAACCCGAUAUCAAAAUCAAACUUGCCGAUACUCCGGUCCAACGGGAUCCAGUUGAAGUUACCAUUUCCCUGCUUAAUCCACUGCCCAUCCCGCUUCGUAAGGGAAUCUUCCACAUUGAGGGAUCCGGUAUUGAAAAACCGUUAAUAUUCAAGCACUCGGAUAUCGAUGUGGAGGAAACGGUGAGCAACACCUUCACGCUGACGCCGCAGUUUGUGGGGCGUGCCUCUAUUGCUGCCAAAUUUACCUCCAAAGAGUUGGACGAUGUCGACGGUUUUCUGGCAUACGAGAUCGACCCUCGGCCGGAGGAUAUUAUAAUGGAAACUCAUGAUAAUGAAAUUAUAGAAAGGACAGAUGUUAUCGAUUGAUAUGCUUGAACGUGGUACGCGAAACCUUACCGUAAGGUUCGGAAGUUUU